AUGCCGCAGAACCCGAUUUUGGAAGUCGAAGUCUUCGACGUUUGGGGGAUCGAUUUCAUGGGACCAUUCGACCCAUCAUCUCAUGGGAACCGCUACAUUCUAGUCGCGGUCGAUUACGUGUCCAAGUGGGUUGAAGCGAUUGCGUGCCCCGCCAACGAUCACAAACCAGUGCUCAAAUUGUUCAAAUCCGUUAUCUUUCCUAGAUACGGAAUCCCGAGAGUUGUGAUUAGCGAUGGGGGGAGCCACUUCAUCAACAAGAUCUUUGCAAGUCUUCUGAAGAAGUAUGGAGUGAAGCAUAAGGUUGCAACGCCAUAUCACCCCCAGACAUCGGGACAGGUCGAAGUGUCUAACAAACCGAUCAAGGCGAUCUUACACAAGGACAUCUUUCAAGACGCCUAUUGGGAGGACACCAUUUCAGUUGCUUACGGAAAGUCAUGCCACCUCCCUGUUGAAGUGGAAUACAGAGCCCUCUGGGCGACAAAGAUGCUGAAUUUUGAUAUCAAGACCGCCCAGGAGAAGAGAGAGCUCGAUCUACAUGAGCUCGAGGAGAUCAGAUUGGAUGCCUACGAAAGCUCUAAGAUCUACAAGGAGAGGACCAAGGCAUUUCACGACAAAAAUAUCAUCCGAAAGGACUUGAAGGAAGGCGAUCGAGUGCUGUUGUUUAACUCUCGCCUGAAGCUGUUUCCUGGGAAACUGAAGUCGAGGUGGUCUGGACCCUUUACUGUCAAAGAGGUAUCCCCUUUUGGAGCGGUCACUCUGUUCAACAAGGAAGAGGCCCCAUUCACAGUUAACGGGCAAAGGGUUAAGCUCUAUCUUCGAGACUACGCAAUCCCAGAGGGGACAUCGAUUCCUCUCGCUGAGCCCCCAAGCCUAAUGAAUGAGGGAAGUCACAGAACAGGGAUCGAACAGGGAAGCUGGAAGGAACACAAGACGAGCUCGAUCGAGUCACUCGACGACGAGGUCGAGCCCUGCCAAGGAACCGACGAAACAGCGACGAGUCCUCAUGAAGGAGAGCAGAGAUAA